UAUUUAGUCACUCACUUCGAACAAUAGACAACGCUUGUUCUUUCUUACCCCCAAUUUCUCUUCAGCCUGCCGACUGUGUCGACAAUUCCUUGCUUGACGCAGGGGUUUUACUUCAGUUUCUACACUCUUUCUGCUUUUCUGAAAGCCUUAGCCGCCUUCAUUAGCCACAUUAUCCACUCCUUCAACUACCAGAUCAUCAAGCAUGAAAUUCACUGUAACUGCCCUCGCUGCAAGUCUUAUUGUGGUGUCUGUGACAUCCGCACCUAUCCGACGAGAUGUAGACCCUGCUUUGAUUCCUGAGUUCGGGUUGGAAGCUGGGAUCAACCCCACCGGUACUGGAGAUUGUGAUGGAAUUACGGGGGCGAACGGUAGCCCCGUUUUGAUUCCUUGCGCAUGCCCCCCAGAGCGUGAUACCUUCAUUCAGUCUUUGAACGCCAAUGUCAAUGCUGGAUUCGUCGUCAACAAUCCGUCAGUACAGGUCUCUUUCCCGGAGGACGACUCUCAAGCGUCCCAGCUUGCGAGGAUCCAAACCGCCCUAGUCACCUUACAAAAUAUCAACGGGACAGGGAAGGGUUGUCCUGCUUCGUCUACCACUUUUUUGGCGCAACAGAAAGCCAUACAAGAAGGAACUACGACCGCGUCAGCAACGUCCUCUCCAGUAGCGUCGUCAUCCUCGUCAGCGACGUCUUCGUCUGCGCCAACCGCUGUGGCUUCCUCCGUCACAAGCGACAACUCUGCCGGGACGAACACCACUGAUGGCGGAGUUGACCCAUCUCUGGUCCCCGAAUUCGGAAUAGAGGCUGGCGUCAACCUGGAUGGCACUGGUAACUGUGACGGAACUACGGGCGCUGAUGGUAAUCCAGUGCUUAUUCCGUGCUCUUGCCCUCCUGAAAGGGAUUCGUUCAUCAAAUCCCUCAGUGCCAAUGUCGCCGCUGGCCAUGCCGUCAAUAAUACAGGUGUUGCGAUAGAUUUUCCUACGGAUAACUCGACUGCAUCACAAAUUACGAGGAUUACGGCGGUUUUGAUAUCAUUGCAGAACCUGGAAGGACCGGGGGUCGGUUGCCCUGCAUCAUCGACAACAUUGUUGGCACAGAUGAAGACUCUACAGGCGCAGCAGUAGCAGGAUCAUUCUUCGCUCCUCGGUUUCUCACCCGCACCAGUUCAUUGGAAUGCGGGUGAUCUUGUUGAGGCAUCGUAUGAAGGGGAAAUGGUGCCUGGUUACUGUUCUUCCUCUUGUUGAUGAUUAUUUUAUAAAUUCAUUAUGAGAAUGAUCCAUAUGCCAAAGGCCAUGCUUGUAAGAGAAAUAUGUCUAUCACAAUGCAGAUGGCGCAACAAGUACC